CUCAUGUACGGGGGGGUCGGGGGCCCCAAGGACGUCAAUUGGGGGGUCGCCCCCAUCAAGGCGAAGGGCCCCAUCCAGUUGGUCGACUGGGGCCCCCCCGCUUUAAAAUGCGGCAAGGAUGCGCCCCCCCCCCCCCCCCCCCCCCUCCUCCCUCCCCGCGCAGUCAACUACCAGCCGCCCACGGUCGUGCCGGGCGGCGACCUCGCCAAGGUGAUGCGCGCCGUCACGAUGAUGUCCAACACGACCUGCAUCGCCGAGAUCUACUCGCGCAUCGACCACAAGUUCGACCUCAUGUACGCCAAGCGCGCCUUCGUGCACUGGUACGUCGGCGAGGGCAUGGAGGAGGGCGAGUUCUCCGAGGCGCGCGAGGACAUGGCCGCCCUCGAGAAGGACUACGAGGAGGUCGGCGCCGACUCGGCCGAGGGCGACGGCGAGGAGGAGGAGUACUAG